AUGCCAUUUGGGAAAAAGAGCAAUACGAUAUUUCCUAGUAGAGUAUUUCAGAGGUUACAGUUAAGAAUGGUUCAUCACAGAGUUACUAUUAUUGGUUCAGGUCCUGCCGCGCAUACAGCGGCCAUCUACUUGGCAAGGGCAGAGAUCAAGCCUACAUUGUACGAGGGUAUGUUUGCGAACGGGAUUGCAGCAGGGGGUCAAUUAACGACUACGACGGAAAUUGAAAAUUUUCCUGGUUUUCCAGGUGGUUUGACUGGUAGCGAGUUGAUGGAUAGGAUGAAGGAACAAUCUUUGAAGUUUGGGACGGAUGUGAUUACGGAGACGGUGUCUAGGUUGGAUCUUUCCUCCAAACCGUUUAAAUUGUGGACCGAGUUUAGUGAGGACGACGAGCCGGCGACUACCGAUGCUGUGAUUCUGGCUACAGGGGCUUCGGCGAAGCGUCUAAAUUUGCCUGGCGAGGAGAAGUACUGGCAGAAGGGUAUUUCCGCGUGCGCUGUUUGUGACGGUGCGGUGCCUAUCUUCCGGAACAAGCCAUUGGCGGUAGUUGGUGGAGGUGACUCAGCGUGUGAGGAGGCCAACUUUUUGACAAAGUAUGGUUCGAAAGUGUAUAUGUUGGUGAGAAGAGAUCAGAUGCGUGCGUCGACGAUUAUGCGAAGACGUGUGGAAAAAAACGAAAAGAUCGUGGUCUUGUAUGAGACUGUUCCUUUGGAAGCAUUGGGUGACGGAACCCUUUUGAACGCGGUGAAGAUUAAGAAUGUGCGCACAAACGAGAUAGCAGAAUUGCCAGUAAACGGCUUCUUUUACGCAAUUGGACACACGCCUGCUACUGCAAUAGUUGCAGGCCAGGUUGAAUUGGAUGAGACUGGUUAUGUCAAGACUGUUCCAGGUACUAGUCUAACUUCUGUGCCUGGUGUAUUUGCGGCAGGAGAUGUUCAGGACUCGAAAUAUAGACAGGCUGUUACUUCUGCGGGCUCUGGCUGUAUGGCAGCUUUGGACGCUGAAAAAUAUAUAUCAGAAUUGGAUUGA